UAAACUUAAAAAUACGAUUUUCUUUCAAAAUCAGAUUAUGUUCUCCCAUGUUCGAUUCAUCUCUUUCACUAGCAGAAAAAUCAGACACAAAAACUAGAAAUUGAAGCAUAUCUUUCAUAGUUUGAUCCGUUGCUUGAAUUCAUUGCUUUGGAGCUCUUGUUUCACAUCAAAGAGUUUGAGAGCGGCUUGAGGCAGUAAGCUUGUUAAAGCUUGGUGCGUAAAGCAUUGGGGGUCAAAAUGUCAAAUAUGGAAAAAAUAGCUCGUUCUACUCCAACUAAGAAGAUCAAGGUUCUGAAUAAGAGAACCAAGACUAUGCAGCAAGAUAUGGCAGAGCUAGCAGGUUCCGUGAAGACCAUUGCUAAAGCUAUAGAGAAGCCGAACAAAUCCAGUCAUGAAGUUGAUGUACGAAGGUUCAAGAAAUCUUUAGGUAAUGACUUCAUAUUUCAUGGAACCGAGGAACCAACUGAUGCUGAAAAGUGGUUGCUGGGUAUAAAGAAAGAAUUGAAAGUUAUGUUGGUUUCAGAGGAAGACAAAGUGAGAUUUGUCACAUACAUGUUCCAUGGGGAUGCGGAUUUUUGGUGGAGCUCCAUUGAGAGAAUGGAAAAUGUAUCACGGAUGUCUUGGGAAAGAUUUGAGGAGUUGUUUUUAGAGAAAUAUUUCCCACCGACUGCUCAAGCUGCAAAAUGUAUGGAGUUUGCAUUAUUGGAGCAGGGGGAUAUGUCAGUAACUCAGUUAGAUAAGAAGUUUGCAGAGUUAGAACGACAUGGACAACAUUUGGUACCGACCCAGGAGCUGAGGGCUCGUAAGCUAGAGUGUGCUUUGAAGGGACCCAUUCGAGAUAGGGUGGUCAGUCAUAACCAUAACACGUAUGCUGCAGUCUUAAAAUCUGCGUUGGCUGUUGAAGCUAGUUGGGAUAAAACACUGAAAGAGAGAGAAUCUCGUGAAAAGAAGAAGAAGGUGAAACAAAACCCACAAGCACGGCAUAAGCGACCACGUACCGAAUCUCCGGUGAAUAAGGAGAAGAAGUCUGGGACAGAGUGUUAUAAUUGUAGAGAGGAAGGUCAUUACGCUAGAGAUUGCCCCCAUCCACAGAGGCAGAGACCACAGAACACGAAUCAUCCACGUAAUCAGAAUGUUGGUAAUAGACCGCAAAACCAGCCACAUAGUCAGAAUGUUGGUGGUAGACCUCAUAAUCAGCCACGUACUAACGCACCGCCAUUCCAGCCGAGGCAACCAAAUGUCCAAGGGAAGCUUAACUAUGUUGCAGAGGUUAGAGGAGAAGCAGAGAACUCCGUUAUCGAAGAGUUUGAGAGCGGCUUGAGGCAGUAAGCUUGUUAAAGCUUGGUGCGUAAAGCAUUGGGGGUCAAAUUUGAUUCGUAGAUGUCAAAUAUGGAAAAAAUAGCUCGUUCUACUCCAACUAAGAAGAUCAAGGUUCUGAAUAAGAGAACCAAGACUAUGCAGCAAGAUAUGGCAGAGCUAGCAGGUUCCGUGAAGACCAUUGCUAAAGCUAUAGAGAAGCCGAACAAAUCCAGUCAUGAAGUUGAUGUACGAAGGUUCAAGAAAUCUUUAGGUAAUGACUUCAUAUUUCAUGGAACCGAGGAACCAACUGAUGCUGAAAAGUGGUUGCUGGGUAUAAAGAAAGAAUUGAAAGUUAUGUUGGUUUCAGAGGAAGACAAAGUGAGAUUUGUCACAUACAUGUUCCAUGGGGAUGCGGAUUUUUGGUGGAGCUCCAUUGAGAGAAUGGAAAAUGUAUCACGGAUGUCUUGGGAAAGAUUUGAGGAGUUGUUUUUAGAGAAAUAUUUCCCACCGACUGCUCAAGCUGCAAAAUGUAUGGAGUUUGCAUUAUUGGAGCAGGGGGAUAUGUCAGUAACUCAGUUAGAUAAGAAGUUUGCAGAGUUAGAACGACAUGGACAACAUUUGGUACCGACCCAGGAGCUGAGGGCUCGUAAGCUAGAGUGUGCUUUGAAGGGACCCAUUCGAGAUAGGGUGGUCAGUCAUAACCAUAACACGUAUGCUGCAGUCUUAAAAUCUGCGUUGGCUGUUGAAGCUAGUUGGGCUAAAACACUGAAAGAGAGAGAAUCUCGUGAAAAGAAGAAGAAGGUGAAACAAAACCCACAAGCACGGCAUAAGCGACCACGUACCGAAUCUCCGGUGAAGAAGGAGAAGAAGUCUGGGACAGAGUGUUAUAAUUGUAGAGAGGAAGGUCAUUACGCCAGAGAUUGCCCCCAUCCACAGAGGCAGAGACCACAGAACACGAAUCAGCCACGUAAUCAGAAUGUUGGUAAUAGACCGCAAAACCAGCCACAUAGUCAGAAUGUUGGUGGUAGACCUCAGAAUCAGCCACGUACUAACGCAC